CAUCUGUCUGGCUAUAAAAUCACCCACCCAGGUGGGCUAGGUUUAGUUUACCUUAGUAAUUUGACGGCUGAAGUUUAGAAUAAUUUUUGCACCAUGAAGCUGUUGAUCUUUCUCGUAGUACUGGCUGCUUUUGCGACUAUCUCUGUAGCUGCGAAAAAUGCUAUUUGUGGUCUGCCCCACUCCAAAAAUGGUGAAAGGAUGGCCUGUACUGCCUACAUCCCAAGCUAUUCGUAUAACUCAAAUAGAAACGAAUGCGUCAAGUUCAUCUACGGUGGUUGCAUGGGAAACGACAAUCGCUUCUUGACCCGAGAAGACUGUGAAGCCCAAUGUUUGGAUUAAGAUUUUUGAUAAAUUUAAUAAACUUUAAAAAUUCAAACUUUAAA